GAAUUCCUUUUUACUAAAAAUCACGUGUCUCCUAAAAAGUCGAUUGAGCAAUACAUGGCUGUAUAUAACAUCCUCGUGCAAACGAUAUAAGACAUUGCAUUUCACAGUUAGGUUCACACAUCCACCAUGAAAAUAUCGGUCGCGGUGUGUAUUAUCCUUCUUCAGAUUGGAGCUUGCCUUUCUCGACGUGUGAAGAAUUCGCCUAUCAAGUUUAAAGAUUGUAGACAUGCGCGUUCACUGGGUUUUCUGAAGAAUGGGACGUACACGUUAUGGAUGAAUGACACCUCACCUUUCAAGGUCCAUUGUGAACAUGGGAUGUCGAACUCCUUCACUGUGAUUCUCCGGAGACAGUACGGGACAGAAAACUUUAUCCGAGGAUGGCAUGAUUAUCAGUACGGGUUUGGUCACACCCAGGGAGAUUUCUGGGCGGGGCUCAACCAGAUAUAUUACCUGACCAACGCAGCAGGUAACAACGUUCUGACUGUCCACAUGCAGGAUUGGUACGGCAAUAACAGGAAUGCUCGCUACAGUCAUUUCCUGGUCUCCGCUUAUCCAUACUUUCAGCUUUCCAUUGGGGGUUUUCAAGGUGAUGUUCCGGAUGAUCUCUCAUACAACCAUGGUAUGCACUUUGCCACUUACGAUAAACCUGACCCUCAGCAUUGUGCACUGAACCAGAAGGCGGGAUGGUGGUACAAUUACUGUUCCUUUGCCUUGCCUACUGGAUUCUAUUAUCAUGGGGGACCCUACACGCCCUCUGGCGGAUUCUACAAUGGGAUAUACUGGAAGGACUGGCAGGGCUACGGAUAUUCUCUCAAGUUUUUAUCCAUGACUGUUUCUAAUUCUUAAAGCGGUCAUCUGAUGAACAUGGGGUAAUACAUCUCAUGAAAAACAGUAUGAAAGGGGAAAAAAAAUUGAAAUACUUUUUAAAGUGAAUGAAAAAUAUGCAAUGUGCUUGAAUGUUAACACCGACUUCUGAAUCGGGUGAAUGAUUAAUAUGAUUUUUUUUUAAAAUGUCCUUGACACGUUUUCUUGCAUUACCUCAAAGGCGGUCAUCUGAUGAACAUGGGGUAAUAAUCUCAGGAAAAACUGUAUAAGAGAAACUUUUUGAAAUACUUUCUACGGGGAUGAAUGAAAGAUGUGCUGUGUGCUUGAAUGUUAACACCGACUUCUGGAUCGGAUGAAUGUUUUUAUUUUUUAAUAAUGUUUUUAAAUGCCCAUGACAUGUUUUCUUGCAUUGCUUUGAAUUGAAUUGUACAUAUUUUAUUGACAAUAAAGCCAGAAGGACACAAGUCCUUAAAAACUCC